CUGACUCGACGUUUUAAAGGAUUUUGGAAGAAAGUGGUAAAGGCGGAUAGGAAAUAAGACGGGUGCCCUGCGCACUGCAUCCUCCCUCUCCAUCGCUGUCUCAUCUCUCCUCCUGCUCUGCUUCUGCGCCUUUACAAGACUCCCGGCUUCUCCCAUCCUGAAUAACCACAGUGACUGAACACUUCUGCAAAGCCGAGAGCUGCCCUUCUUCUUUUGUCGGAGUUUGAACCACAUUUCGGAGCUCCUGGAAGUAUACCGCCAGAGCCCCUGAGAGCUGGCUGGACUCUGUAGCUUUCGUUUUCCCGAUACAAGAGGAUCAUCGAGGGGACCUUGAGCGGAGUCCAAAGGACUGGAAAUUAUUUAGCCCUCUCACAUCAACGUACCGCAUGGUGGGAAUUUCUGCCUCCUUUCAUUAUCGCACUGGGAAGCGCUCCACCAUGCCCGACUCACCUGCGGACGUCAAGACACAGUCCAGGUUGACCCCCCCUACCAUGCCCCCCCCACCCAGCACGCAGGGAGCACCUCGUAACAGCUCCUACACCCCCACCACAUUAACCAACGGCAGCAGCCACUCUCCUACGGCACUCAACGGUGCUCCGUCUCCUCCCAACGGCUACAGCAAUGGUCCCAGCUCCUCCUCCUCUUCCUCGCUGGCCAACCAGCAGUUGCCCCCGGCCUGCGGCGCCCGGCAGCUCAGCAAGCUCAAGCGCUUCCUCACAACUCUACAGCAGUUUGGCAACGACAUCUCACCUGAAAUUGGCGAGCGGGUCCGCACAUUAGUGCUGGGACUAGUGAAUUCCACCCUAACCAUCGAAGAAUUUCACUCCAAGCUCCAAGAAGCCACCAACUUCCCUCUGCGACCGUUUGUCAUACCCUUUCUGAAGGCCAACCUGCCGCUCCUUCAGAGGGAGCUGCUGCACUGUGCCAGGCUGGCCAAGCAGAACCCCGCUCAGUACCUUGCCCAGCACGAGCAGCUGCUUCUGGACACUAGCACCACCUCCCCAGUGGACUCCUCCGAACUCCUGCUGGACGUCAACGAAAAUGGCAAGAGAAGGACGCCUGACAGAACCAAAGAGAACGGCUUUGAGCGAGAUGGCACCCUGCACCCUGAUGUUCACCCUAGCAAGAGGCCAUGCACCAUAAGCCCAGCCCAGCGCUUCAGCCCAUCCAAUGGGCUCUCUUACCAGCCCAAUGGCCUGCCCCAUCCCGGCCCCAUCCCUCCACAGCACUACAGGCUGGAUGACAUGGCCAUCGCCCAUCACUACCGGGACAACUACAGACACCCCGCCUCCAACCAUCGGGAGAUACGGGAGAGGCCAAGGCCCAUUGGUAUGCACACGGGGACCAGGCAGGAGGAAGUGAUUGACCACAGGCUGACAGACAGAGAGUGGGCUGAGGAGUGGAAACACCUUGACCAUGUAAGAAAACUGCUGAACUGCAUCAUGGACAUGGUGGAGAAGACGAGGCGUUCGCUGACAGUACUGCGGCGCUGCCAGGAGGCCGACCGCGAGGAGCUCAACUACUGGAUCCGACGAUACAGCGACGCCGAAGAGCUGAAGAAAGGUGCUGCGGGGGGGCAGUCAAGGCAGCAGAGCCCAGCAGCCCAGGAAAAUGCAACACCAGAAAUUCACAGGGAGAUGCUGCAUCGGCCUGUGUCUGGCUAUGUUCCUGAGGAGAUCUGGAAAAAAGCUGGUGCGGGAGGCUUGACUUCCUCUGUCUCCACACUCUUUCCAGAAGAGGCUGUGAAUGAGGUGAAGCGACAGGCCGUAACAGAGCUGCAGAAAGCCGUUACGGAGGCAGAGCGUAAGGCUCACGAGAUGAUCAGCAGCGAGCGGGCCAAGAUGGAGCGCACGGUAGCCGAGGCAAAGCGGCAGGCGGCUGAGGAUGCGCUCUCCAUAAUCAACCAACAGGAGGACUCCAGCGAGAGCUGCUGGAACUGUGGCCGUAAAGCCAGUGAGACGUGCAGCGGCUGCAACACGGCACGCUACUGCGGCUCCUUCUGCCAGCAUAAGGACUGGGAGAAGCACCACCAUGUCUGUGGUCAGACCCUCCAGGCCCAGCAGCAGCAGCAGGCCAGCCAGCAGCAGGGUGGAGUCCCGGGGUCAGAGACCCCUGCUCCCAUCAGUUCCUCCGCCUGCACCCCGAGCAGUGGGACUGGGAGUCCGGCUGCAACCCCGCCUGCUGCUACGCCUCGCUCCUCCACCCCAAGCACCCCAUCCUCCUCUGCCCUGGAUGGCACACCGCGCUAAAUGACUCAAGCAGAGGAUGGAGGCAGAGGCGCCGGGGCUAACCAUCCAGCCCUCAACCCCACAAACAGCAUGACUGUAAUAUUGCCUUGCAAAGAUACUAAGCUAACAUGGCUAACAGAAAGAGAUGGCAAUGCUUCUGUCUAAAUUGAAGCCUAUUGUCAUAGAAGGAGGAGGAGGUCCAUAAUCAGGUCAUAUUGACUUGAUUUUAAAGAAACACAAAGAUAUUCUUUGUUUUGAAUGAAUGAAUUUAAAUAUUGACAUCCUUUUAUCGUUACUCUUGCUAUUCUUGUUGUCCGUUUGUUGUCGUGCCUGUUGUUGUAAAUGUUGUUGUCAUUGUAGCUUAUGUUAUUUUUUCUUGUAAAUAUUAAGAGACUGAGCAGAGAUAGCCGUGAACUUGAGACAAGUAUACCUGACCUCCCCUUUUUUAUGUUUUUAUUUUUCAUCCUGGAAUUAUUUCCUCCCUGUAUGUGUGAAAUGAGAAUAGUCAACCUCAUUUUACUAAGCAGCAUACCAAGAGUACAUACAGUAACUAGCUAGCAGAACGAGUCAUCAAUUUGCUUUUUAAAGAAAUAUAUUAGAUUUAAAUACGCUUAAAGACAACCAAUGGAUGGAUGGAUAAACAAGUUCGCUGCUUGGAGAGAGGAGAGGGGAGGACUGGAUCUCUGGCCCACAGACAGCCAUGAAAUAGGCAGAUGUGCAGCAGAUUGCAAGCAGAGCCAGCUGUUCAACCAAUGUUAUUUCCCUCUCACUUGUAAUAAUAUCCAGGUCAGUGGGCUGGGAAAUACAAAUCUGUCUCCUGAAGGAUGUUAAAGGAAGAAUUCUUGGACAAGAUACAAAACUUUGCCCACUGCACAUGUGGAUGAUGUACUGUAUACAAUGUGCACGUGCAUGCUUGGUGGGUCACAGAAGCUCUCAAACAGGAAGUGAAGUUAGUGCUGGAAACCUAAAACAUGGAGGACCCGGUAGGAACUCAUUCUGCGCCCCCAGACACACCCCUCUUGUCUCAACUCUGAAAAACAUUUUCAUCUUUCUUCAUGUUCUUAUUCUUUUUCUGUAGAUGUCAUGGUGUUUAAGACUUCUGUCCUGUGGUGUCACCAAUGGUUAUUUAUUGUAUAUGUGUUGGACAAUUGUGACAAAGCAUAGUAUGUCAACCAGUCACAAUUCUAAGUCCCUCAUAACUCACUCUCUCUCUAGCAAAAAGAGAUAAAAAAAGAAGUGUUACCUUAAUUUCCAAGCUGCUUUUCUAUUCUGUGUGUAAGUGGUAGAGCCCUCGUAGUUCUUUAAGUUUUACUUCCCUUUUUCCUCAAGAAAAGACACAAGCUAUAUCUCAGAGCUGCUACUCGAGUCCGACCCAGAUCUUUUCUGAGAACUAGCAUGUUGCGUGGAAUGCUAACCUAAAUGUUUUGUACAAGGGACAUACAUAAAUGUAUUUGCACUGUCACAGAGGUUUUUUCGGCAUGCUUCUUUUCAGCAUACUUGUGUUGUCGGUAUAGAGCCAUAACUCAUCAACCAUUUUGUAUGUAGUGAUAGCAUUAUUUUCACAUUUUUUGGGAUUGGGGGAGUCGGAAAAAUGUAAACUCACCAAACGUCUUUUUUUUCUUCUUAUCAACAUGAUAACGAAAGCGGCCAUAACGUUUUUUCUUUGAAUAGUUACAGACAGUGCAUGCACAUUACUGAACGUUUGUUAAAUAUUUGUUAUUUUUUAGAAAAACUGAAAAAACAACCAAAAAAAGUUUUAAAAAAUUAAAAAAAAAUAUUCUAACAAACUAACUUUCCAAAUGCAGAAGUGUAGACUCCAACAGCUUUAACACUGCAAAGCACCAGGUAACACACAGUAUUAACACAAAAGAUAAACAAAAUAAAAACACCAAAAACAGCCAAAGACUGACACCAAGGACCAAAAUCCUGAGUUAAAACGAUUUUCAAAAGAGGUUUGUUCACACACUUAUUUGGUUAUUUAUUUCAGCAGGUUUUGUUUACACAUCCAAACCACAACAGUGUCAUGAAAUUAAUUUAUUUUAAUACUUUCUGAAAUCCAAUGGCACUAAUCUUACUAUGUGAAAUGAGAAGGUGUGUUUAAACAUAAUGAACAUUUUCAGCAGUGUUACAGUUUAACUGGAGCAAUAAUGAACACUGAUGACUCCUGUGACCAUUUUUGACAAAAACAUUUGAGAUAUUUUUUAAACUUGUUUAUACAUGUUCUCAUUUCACAAAAGUCAGAUUAAGUGCUCACUUCAGCUUUAACAAGAUUAUUUCUUUAUUCUGAAGUAGGUGAGCGUGAGACAAGGCUUUCACAACAAUGACAUUUGCAGUUAUUUUCUAUUUAUUUAUAUCAAAGUACAUCUUUUUUUGCUGUUGGGAUAGAUAAUGCAGCUUUGUUGUAAACCUUCAAUGUUAAUCAAACAAACCUCUCAUUCACAGUAAUAGAGCACUUAUCCCGACGCACACAAAGGCUCUUCACCCCAAACACUUUGGUGCUACACAGAAGCGCGUAACAAAUUCUGACCUCAAGGAACAAGUGGAGGCCCACAAAGGUUCAGGGCUGUUUGCUCCCUCUGUACUUCCUCAUCUCUCCCUUCUUGUCUAAAUAAAGUACACACCUGCAUUCUCGACUCUAAAGGGUUAAACAAUCCAAAAAGGUGUCUGACACCCUACUAGCAACUCCUCAGAAGCUGUGAAAAAACAGCUAAGCUGUUUUAACACUAUUGUAUUUGAAAGUAUACAACAAGUAAUGUGUGUGUUCAUCAAUAUCAGGGCAAAACCUGGAUAAAAAAAAAAUGAAGACAAACAUUAUCGUUCAAUGGUUCUUUGAGAAGCUCUAUUUUUUUCUUUCUUCCCUCCUCUAUGUGUGUUUUGCUACAAAUUCCUCGGUGGCAAACAAGUCUCACUCUACCUCUUACAGCACGAUAAGAGCAUCAGUCGCGGCGCUGAUACUGGUCUAGUCUAAACCAAAUGGGCACAAGAGAACAGGAAAAUAAAAAACCCAAAGUCGAAGCUCAUACAGCUGCAAAACCAUAUCACUACUUGGUAACAAUGCAGACCUCAUAAAUAAAUGAAACAUAAAUGAAUAGAAAUGAGAAAAAAAACCUGAAAACUUUUGUUAUGUUCCUUUAUGCCUGUGGCGUUUGUAGAGUACAUCAAGAGUUUGAAUUGUUUGAACAGAUUUUAAAAAAUGUGCUAAUUUUAAAUAAAAGUGUUGUUGAUUCCUAUUUCGAUGAUACUGUACAAGCUAAGGUGACAGUAAAGGAAAUGUUUCUCUCUCGCUCUUUUAUCUCUCCUGUUUCCCCUCCACUUUUUUCUCCUUUUCUCUGUUUUGAAGACAAGCUAAAGCGCUUGUCAACUUGUCAGCGGGGGUCAAUUCAAAAGAGGGGAUAUACAAAUGGCAAAACCUUGUAAAAAAAAAAGUCAAAAAGGAAAAGAAUCAUGGCUAUGGUUUAGGUAUGCCUGUUUUCACAAUAGGGAGAUAUAUUAUUUAAAUCUCCUUCUUAUCAAGAAACUUGGGGGCCCUGUGUGGGGCCAACAGUGAAAAGUGAAGGCCGUAGCAUUAAACUUUUGGGAGUGAGUUGAACUUCCGGGGUGGGAGGGUUUGUUUUUUGGGCUCUCUUGAGAAAAAUUAUCGUGGAAAAAAAAAGAGCUCAAAUGAUUUGAAGUUGUUGUGCAAUACUUAAUUGAGACAUGAAAACCACAGGUUAGUGGUAGGCUGACCCUGGGCGGUCUCUUCAUCGCCUAGAGUCAGUGUCCUAGAGAGCUUUCCAGUCUACUAUGUCAGAACUGUGGUUUCUUGUUGAUUUAUUUUCAUUUUGUUUCUUUUUUUAAUUCUUUUUUGGGCUGUAAACUAUGGUCUGUCAGUCUGUGAAACUUUGCAGUAUAAUUCUGGUAUUGUUGUUCUCUUAACGGUGUAAUAAAUAUGUUAAUACCUGC